AUGCCUAAAAUUACAACUUUUGACGAUUUGGUGGACCAUUUGCGGACCAUUUUCGAGGGCAACGAUAUAGAUGUGGAUUACGUCCAGAACAUAAUGCUCUCCUAUAGGAUGAAUACGCGAGUAUACCCGGAAUCUGGUGGACAAAGGAACGGCAAAUACAACCUAAUGCUCGUGUGUUGGUCAGAGGGGCCGGUAGUCACCCGUAUUCACGACCACUCAGACUCGCACUGUUUUAUGAAAAUGUUGACGGGAAGUGUCCACGAGAUUAGGUACGAGUGA